AUGGGUGGCCACCUUUCUUUCCCCAGGGCUACCCUGCCAAAGGAGAGAAUUGUUAUAGUAACAGGUGCUAACACAGGUAUAGGAUACGAAACAGCCAAAUGGAUAGCAAUGAUGGGAGCCACGGUCAUAUUGGCAUGUCGGUCCGAAGAAAGGGCAAAAGAGGCAAUGACGAGAAUGAAUGCGGAAUUCGAGGCGGAGAAAGACAGAAAAACAGAAGGCGUGGUUGAUUACUCAGAACUCAGUAUAGAGUUUAUGAAAUUAGACUGUGCCAGUCUACAGUCAGUGAUGGAUUUUAUAAAGAAAUUCAAAGAGUCUGGUCGACAGUUACAUGUUUUGGUGUGUAACGCUGGAAUAGCCCUUCACAAACAAGCAUACACAGCGGAAGGAUAUGAACUUAUGUUUCAGGUCAAUUAUCUUAGUCAAUAUUUACUAGCUGCGCACCUUUUGCCGAUCAUGAAGACUUCCGGAGAAGAUUGUCGAAUAGUACUUGUUUCUAGUGAGGCUCACCGUUUAUCCGAAUUCAAUUUGGACAGAAUACAAGGAAAGCAAUUCAAUGAACAAUCCUUUGGUAGAAUGCUAUUCUACGGGAACUCUAAACUAUUCCAAAUAAUGCAGAUGUACAGUAUGAACCGACGACUUCUAAACUCAAAUGUCACAGUGGUAAGCUUACAUCCAGGCAUUGUGGAAACGGAAGUAACAAGAAAUUUUAAGGAUAUGACGUCGAUGAGUCUCUUACUGAGUGUAUCAAAAUUCUUUGGUAAGGCAAAAAAUCCAUUUGAAGGAGCUGAAACAAGCAUCAACGCGGCGGUGAAUUCGGACUUGAAAGGUGUCCGUGACGUGUAUUAUGUUGAUUGUAAACCUUCAAAUGUCAACAGUUUAGCAAGGAACACGCAAAGUCAAGAAUCUUUAUGGGCAUACACUCAGGAUUGUCUAAAGAAAGGGGCUUUUCUUCCUGAUGACAUAGUCAAAUGUUUGGAAGGAGAAUGA